GAGUCGGGAGAUUCGGUCAGCCUGUAUUUAAUGAAACGCAAGUUAAUCGUAUUUUUACAGCUUCACUCGGGACAAAUUAUAUUUUCCAUCGUCGUUUUGCUGUUCGCGAUAAUAUCGGACGCGCAGCCUAUCGAUUACGACGACGUGGUGAAUCUGUUGCCAACGGAACCGCAGACGACGAACGACACGUUGGCCGCCAUCGUGAGAGAUCCGGUGGUGCAGGUUGCUGUGCAAGACACGGUCGGCAACGGCACCUUAGAGGGCCUGGUGGUGAAGAAGAAAGUCCUCAUCAUGCCCGCCACCGAACCUACCAAGGUGGUGUCGCAACGCGAGCAAGUUCUCGUAGUUCCGGUGACAAAUCUGGAGGACGUGAGGAAGAAUAUCACGGAAAGUGCGAAGGAGAAAGCAAACGAGGACAGUUUGGUGCUCACAGAUGUUGGACUCUUUACCGAGAAUGGCGAGAAGGAAUCUCAUAAAGACGAAAGCAAUCCGCCCGACAUACCGCAGCGCAUCGAUUUUUACGAAACAUUAGACGAAUUUUCCGAGACCACGCGUAAGCCGAAUUUCCUUAUCGACGACGAUCACACACCACGAGAGAUCCCGUACCUCCUACCAAAUCCAAGGCAGGAAAUGGAGCGACCGGAUGACCACCAGCCACCGUCCACGAUAUCGGUGCCGAUCAUAGCUUUUCUCAAUUCUGCGAAAAUCUCCAACGAUAAAAUCGAAAUGCCGAUCGCGGCGGCAUUAUCGCAGCCGGAUGACGCCUCGGAGAGCCGAUUGGAGCUAUUGAAGAACGGCCGUGACGAAAUACAGCAAAACGUUCAGGAUUACAUCGAUAGAAAUUCGUGGAGCGUGGAUCCCGAUUAUUGGCAACUCACGUCGGCACCGUCGCAAACACCUUUGUUAUACGAGCCAGCUACGACGGAGAAUCAAUACGCGGGCGAUGUCCGUCCUGAAAUUUCGCUCCCAAUUGCAGUAUCGCGUGUUGACAUUAUAACACCCCUUUUCUGGACCUCGGAUGCGGAUGUUGACUACCCUAAAGAUUCAUACGAUAUGGAUACCGCCGCACAUAUCGUCUUCAGGCCGCUUUUCCGAUUCCGACAGGAGCAGCAGAGGUCUUGGCGUCGUGGCGCUGAUAACAGCUACCGAAGAUCGCCUUACCGGAGAUACAAUUCGUAUAAUUCUUACCCGAGACCCGGCUAUCGAUACAGGCCCCGAUAUUCUGGCGAUUAUUACGGAUAACUAAUCAAUCGCAUACACUAAAAGAAAAAUAUUUAAAAAAUAAAAAAAUAUUUA